AUGGCGGCCGCUGCGGGGCUGAUGGCGCCGCCGCCCGGCACCGCGGGCGAGGCGGGCGAGGCGACGCUCAGCCGGCAGGACGCGCUCGCGGCGAUGGAGGAGCUCAAGCGGCAUCGGCCGCGGAGCGCGCAGGCGGGCGGGGCUGCGGAGGGGGUGGACUGUGGCGCGGCUGCUGCUGCAGGGGCGGGGUCUGGGUCAGCGGGGUCAGAGCCGUUUAUUAUGCCCAGUACGCCGGAGGGCGCGUUGCAGCCGUACCUCGCGUCUGCGAGCAGCGGUGGCAGCGGAGGUGGGGGCGGGGGGAGCGGCGGAGGCGGAGGCGGGGCGCUCGCGCACGAGGGCUUGCAGGUGUUCACGCUGGGGCACCUGCUGCCGCGGUCGAGCGUGGAGGACGAGAACGGGAACUGGAGCUUCGACGCGCGCGCGCUGAACGGGCUGCUGCCGCUGCCGCUUGGGGAGGGGCAGGGGGACGAGCAAGGGGAGUACCGCAUGCAGGAUCCGCAGCAGGACUUUGGCGCCGCCGGGCCGAGCGGGGCGGGCGCCUCCAGUGCCAGUGGUAGCAGCAGCAGCGGUGGGGCGGGCGGGGAGGGCAUGGCGCGGCCGUCGUCGGCGCAGACGCUGCGGGUGCGGCGGUCGGCGUUCGUGCCGGGGUGGGCGGUGCCGCCGCGGGUGCUGCUGGUGGAGGACGACGCGGUGAGCCGGCGGCUGUCGAGCAAGUUUUUGCAGGUGUUUGGGUGCACGAUCGACGUUGCCGUGGACGGGGUGGGCGCGGUGAACAAGAUGAAUUUGGAGAAGUACGAUCUGGUGCUGAUGGAUAUCGUGAUGCCGAAGCUGGACGGGGUCUCCGCGACGUCGCUCAUCCGGCAGUUCGACCACAUGACGCCCAUCAUCUCCAUGACGAGCAAUUCGAAGCCGAACGAGAUCAUGACCUACUAUCACUCGGGUAUGAACGAUAUCUUGCCGAAGCCGUUCACGAAGGAGGGUCUGUUGGAAAUGCUCGAGAAACACCUCAUGCACCUCAAAGUGAUCCAGCAGAUGUCCAAGUUCCCGCGCACGGUCGGGAUCCCGCCGCUCUCGGACGCGGGGUUCGACGAGGCGCUCACGGUGCAGCCGUCCGCGAACCCGCUGCCGCCGCAGAACGGGGACGACGACGGGAAGAUCAACCCGCUCGCGGGGAUGGGGCUCACGGACGAGCAGUAUGCGAUGAUCCUCCAGGGGCUCGUCAGCGGCGACGUGGGGCUCGUGGGCAUCGACGGCGGGAUGAGUGCCGGCGUGGGCGUCGGCGUGGGUGUCGGCGUGGGUGUCGGUGUCGGUGUCGGCGGGAGUCUGAGCGGCGCGCUAGGGAUGGGCGUGUCAGAAAAGCGGGGGCUGGAGGACGACGGAGAGGACGGGCGCGAUGGGAAGCGGGGCAGGUUCGAGAUUGUGGAGUAGCCGACGACGCGCGCCUGACGCUGCGCUUGGUGGCCUUUUUAUUCGCUCUUUUUUUUCUUUCUUUCUGUGCUUUCUUAUCGUUUUUUCUUUCUACUUCCAGUGGCACCCCGUCGCUGUUGCUCUGCCCUUCUGCCCCUUCCUGCGUCCAGUCCCCACGCUCAUACCAUCUCUUGGCGCCUAUCGCCGCCUAUGGCUUCUGCCCCACCGUCACGACCUCUCCCCUUUUUCCUCGUUGCUGUUGUUGGUCCGCCGAUCAUCCCAUUGUCAACCUUCCUCUCCUCGUCCUCUCCACUUCUCUUCUCUUUACUCUCCGCUCUGUCGCGCUUGUCAUCGUUCCCCAUCAUGCUUCCUUCCCUCCGCGCUUCCGCCGCCCGGCGCCUCACCCUCUUACCCCCUUGCCCUUGCCCUUGUCCGAGCCCCCGCCCCUUGUCGAGCCCCCCUGUCCGAAUUCCCACUCCCUAUCACGAUCCCCUUUUGUACACGUACCUACUACGUGCCCGGUCGCCUAUCGCGGCCGCGCUCGUGCCACACCCGGCGGCAUCUCUUUACUU